AUGUCUGCCCCCGUCACCGACUCUGCCCCGGCCGUCGAGCCGUCGACCAACGGCACCGCUGCCGCCCCCUCGACCGGCGAGCACCCGAUCACCCAGGCCAUGCAGGCCACCGAGCACGACCUCGGCCACAAGGUCUUUGUCGGCAACCUGCCCUUCUCGGUCAACGACGACAGCAUCAAGGACAUCUUUGCCAAGGUCGGCCAGGUCACCGACGCCCAGAUCAUCCACCGCGGCACGAGGUCCCUCGGCUACGGCUUCGUGACCUACACCAACGAGGCCGACGCCGCCGCCGCCGUGUCGCAGCUCGACAAGAGCGAGAUCAGCGGCCGCCAGGUCAACGUCGAGGUCGCAAAGCCCAUGCCGGCCCCGGGCGCCAUCGCGGCGCGCGCGGCCACCAAGGCGGCCAACUUCAAGGCGACGCGCGAGACGGCAAAGGAGGCGCAGCAGCAGCAGCAGGGCGGCGAGGGCGUCGAGGGUGUCGAGGGCGAGGCGGGGGUCAAGGCCAAGAAGGCGCGCAAGCCGCGCAAGCCCCGUGGCCCGCGUCAGCCCCGUGCCGACGACGAGACCGAGGAGGCCGGCGAUGCCCCGUCGUCGACCAACGCCGUCUCGGACGCCGCCGACGCGCUCGCCGCCCCGCGCGCCGAUGGCGACGCGCCCGCGCGCAAGCCCCGCAACCGCAAGCGCAAGGGCGCCGCCGCCGCCGGUGCGCUCGUCGACGGUGGCGCCGAGGGCGGUGCGCCCCCUGCGCUCGGCGACGCCAAGCCCGCUGCCGAUGCGCCGCGCCAGCCGCGCCGCCGCGGCCCGCCCGCCGGCGCCCCCUCGUCGACCCUCAUCUUUGUCGGCAACCUCAACUUUAGCGUCACGAACGAGUCGCUCGCGGCCGCGUUCGCGCCCGACUGCGCCGUCAAGAGCGCCGUCGUCGUCGUGCGCAAGUUUGGCCAGUCGGCCGGCCGCAGCAAGGGGUUCGCAUUUGUCGAUUUCGCGAGCCAGGAGGACCAGGAGAGGGCGCUCGAGCGGUUCCAGGGCAAGGAGCUCGAGGGGAGGCCGAUGAGCCUUAAGGUGGCCAUCCAGCCCGAGGAGGGUGCGCCUGCGGCCGGCGCGGCGGGCGAGGGCGAGGCCAAGCAGGCGGCCGACAAGGCGGCGGGCGACGCCAAGGUCGACGAGCAGAGCGGACGCACCGAGGGCGACGCCAUCAUCGUCGCGUCGUGAGGCGGGCACGUGUCGUCAUCGUCGUCGUCGUCGUCGGUUGAACCUCCCUCGAGCUCGUGUACAGCAACAGUCGUAGCAUAGCAGCAGCAAAUCUCCUCCACUCUUCUCCCUUGUCUCUCCUCCUCCUCUCUCCGUCAUCACCUCCUCCUCCUCCUCCUCGCUCUCUUCCCUCCCCUUCGUCCUCCAUCCCGGCCUCGAGCUUUUUUUUGCCCCUCCCUCUCCCUCACUCCAUGAGUCGAACGUGCCAAAAACGUGUCCCCUUGUCGAA